AUGACAAGCAAAGCCACACCUAGUAACGGCCUAUCCCUCCGGUUUGAGGCAAAGGAGCUAGACAUCAACGACAAGUUCCAGUUGAACCGCAAACAACGUCUUAGCCUUGGUCACCUCACAUUUACAACUCCAGAGACAGAACGCUCGAUAACCCUAUUUUGCAAUGGUCUUGCUGUCGCUGGAAGGGGGCGAAACACUGUCCUACAGGCAUUAAGGUCUGGACUGUUCGAACUCGUGCAAUCUGGCAGGGAAGAUGCAGGUGUGAUCAAGCUGCCAUCUUUUACGUCAUCUCGGAAAGGCCGGUACAAGAUACCCUCUACGGCAUUUCCACAGUAUCGGGAAGUAUCGAUUAGUGUGUUGACUGAAACAACGCAUGUUGUGUGGAAAGAGAUCUUGCAACCCGGGCGUACAUAUGGUUUACGGUUGUCUGAGAAAGCUGGCGAUGUGUUCGCAUGUUAUACGGAUGAGCUCGAUGGCAAUCCCGAAAGCCUCACAUCAGCGCAGAAGCUGCCCGUUCAUCGUGAGGGAGGUGACACUUACUACUUCACCGUCCACGGCGACCCGGCGCCUCCAAGACUCUUCGCCAGGCUGGAGCUGCCCAGCAAAGCUUAUCUCAAUGGUCCAACCCCCUUCACCCUCGUCAUCGAAUACACAACCAAUAGCGUCGAGCCCCUGGUGUUCGAUAAAUCACGCUCUCCACUUUCAGUCACCAAUUUCUGCUCCGGAUUUGAUCUGCACUGCAUCGACCAACUGAUUGAUUGUCAGGAUAAUGCCACCGGGGAGAAGGUUGAAUGGGGUGCCGUUUUCGUCUGUUGGGAUGGCGACCCUCAUCCAAAUUUCCCCGACGAUGAUGAUUUCGUGGAGAUCUCGGCGGAGAAGCCGUGGCGAUUUGAAUGCACAUUAGAGCAGCUAGGGAACGAAAAGGAGUAUGUGCGCAGUAUGGAAGGGCUGAAGGCUGGUCGCACUUAUAAGGCCCGGGUUAAUGGGCCUGGGGGCUUUAGCCGGUGGCAGUAUGGGAAGAAGGAGGAGUUGCUGGCUGGAACGCGAGAAGAGAAGAUGAAGAGGUGGGAGGUAGAUAUGGAGAGGUUGGGGUGUUUGGACGUGGAAAGGAUUGAGGAGGACGUAUAUUUCGAGACUGUUGCAUGA